GUGUUCAUCAAUUUAUAACCAUUUAACCAACACAUCUUUCAACGGGCUCUGCUUGUCGUUUAUACUGCAUGCAUGCAGCAUUCACAUCGAGUCUCGGUUAUCUUUCUGCAUGCGUUCAGGCCAUUCAAACAAGUAUUAAUUUUGUACACAGAAAAUUACAACGCCCCACUCCUAUUUCCCCCUGUAUAAACUCCACAUCUCACCUACUCACACAGUAUCUAGUAAAAGCACCACCAAAUUAUUAAACCAUCCUUUGACUUUUGUACGCAAAAGCUAUGGCUAGUCCUAAGGUGGUUUGUGUUUUCUUAAUGUGGAUAGUGCUGGCUGCACCCUUGAUCACUGGAGCAGCACUCACAUGUGGCCAGAUUAAAGGCGGUCUUGCGCCUUGCCUGGCCUACCUCCAGAAUGGUGGCUCCCCCACUCCGGGCUGCUGCAGGGGCAUCAAAGGCCUGGUCAGCUCAGCCACGACCACAGCUGAUCGACAGAAUGCUUGCAAAUGCUUGAAAACAGUUGCUGCCCAAAUCAAAACUAUUAAACAAGCCAACGCGGCUAAACUCCCUUCCUUAUGUGGCGUCAACAUUCCCUACAAGAUCAGCACCUCUACUAACUGCGCUGGUGUGAAGUGAAGAUCAGGUCGAUCUGGAUGAGCAUCUAGCUAGAUAAUAGUAUAACUAAUAUGAUAGUAGUAGGUAGCUAGUCUACCUUAAGAAUAAGGGAUGAGUAUUGAGUCGUUCUGAGCUCUUUUUCCUUUAUUGCAUGUCACCGAUAUGAGUUAGUUGUCGUUGUAUGUGAUGAUGACUCUUACCAUCUUUAUCAAGGCAUCUAUAUAUUCUACUUAAAUA